AUGGACAAGCACACACAGAUAGAGAGCGCCCCUGGCGAUGUCGACGUGGCCAAAGGCGAGAUCAUCCAAGACGCCGAUCCAGCCCUCAGGCUCACUGGCGGCGUUGUCGUCGAGUUCACACCCGAAGAAGAGAAGGCUGUCCUGAAGAAUAUCGACGUCCACAUGCUGCCCCUGAUGUGCUGGGUCUACAUGAUGCAGUUUGCCGACAAGUCCACGCUGAACUAUGCAUCGCUCAUGGGUCUCCAGGCCGACACAGGCCUGGUGGGAAACCAAUACAGCUGGGUUUCGAGUAUUUUCUAUGCGGGCUUUCUCGCCUGGGAAUUCCCUACCACGUAUCUCUUCCGCCGACUGCCAGUGGGGAAGUAUACUGCUGCCAAUAUCCUCUGCUGGGGCAUCGCGCUGUCCUGCCAUGCGGCUGCGAACAACUACGCCGGUCUGCUCGCCUGUCGGUUCUUUCUAGGAGCCUUCGAGGCGAGCGUCACCCCGGCCUUCGUGCUGAUUACCUCGAUGUGGUUCCGACAGAACGAGCAAGGCCGACGCAUGGGCUACUGGCUAGCCUGUAACGGGGUCGCUCUGAUCCUGAUGGGCUUCAUCGGCUACGGAAUCUCUGCCAUCCAGGACGCCCAUCUCGCCCCGUGGCGCAUUCUCUUCCUCAUCCUGGGGCUGCUCACCGUCGCCACGGGGGUUGUCUACUUCUGGUACCUCCCCGACAACCAGUCCAACGCGAAGUUCCUCGACGACCGCUCCAGACUGAUCGCCAUCGAGCGCAUCCGCGAUAACUUCCAGGGCAUCGGCAGCCAAGUCUGGAAAUGGUCCCAAUUCCGCGAAGCCUUCCGCGACCCUCGCACAUAUCUCUACGUGCUGUUCUCGCUGCUCAUGAACAUUCCCAACGGCGGCAUCACAACCUUCGGCUCUCUCGUCAUCAAGUCCUUCGGCUUCUCCGACCGACUCUCCCUCCUCCUACAGUCCCCGGCCGGCGUGUUCGACAUCGCCGGCAAGUUACUAUUCACACACGCCUCGGACCGCCUCCUCGACCGCACAGCGAUGGCCUUCCUGGCGAUUCUAGUCGCCAUGGCCGGCGCAAUACUCAUGAUCGCAGCGCCGCAGGACGCAAAGCCCGCCCUCCUAAUAGGCUACUACAUGAUCAGCGUCGCCGGCGCAGCAUGGGGCCUCAUCAUGGCAGCCAUCUCAAACAACACCCUAGGGUACACUAAGAAAGUCACCGUGAACGGGCUGCAGAUCGUGGCAUACGCCGCUGGGAACUGGAUAGGCCCGCAGACGUUCCGGGCGGAUGACGCGCCCGAGUACAGACGGGGCAAGACGAUUGUGGCUAUUAUGUAUGGGGCGAGUGCGGCUGUCUUGCUGGUUCUGCGGGUUGUUAAUGUAUAUGAGAAUCGGCGGAGGGAUCGGAUGCAGGCGGAGGAGGUUGAGUUGGAUGAUGAGGCCAGGCAGGCUAUUCAGCGGUCGAAGUUUAUGGACUUGACGGACUUUGAACAGCCUCGCUUUCGCUAUGUGAAGUAG